AUGGAUCACACACCUGAAGCCAGUGGGCGGCGAGUGAACAACGCAUGCCGCCACUGCAGACAGCGCAAAAUCCGAUGCUCAGGCACCCAUCCCUGCGUCAACUGCACGCGCAGAAAUAAAGAAUGUCGAUUCGAUGACCAGGGACGAAGAAUAGUAGUUUCUCAAAAAUACCUAAGGCAACUGCAACAGGCCGCGCGGGCCAGAGAAGGCGAAUCUACUACAGAUGUGGCAUGCGAUAGAGAUCAUAUUCAGCAUCAGCCACCAGAGAAAGACGUUUGCCAGCAUCCCAGCAGCGAUGGCCAGCUUGCCUCACUGCCCAAUCAAUCCUUCCAUACACCGAUCUCUGUCGAGUCGGCCAGUGUUCCUCCAGAAGCAUCGAAUCCACUUGCUUCUACUUCAUCAGCGUAUCUUUCCGACGAUAAAGGCCGACUACGAUGUCUCGGCGAGUCCUCAACAUGGUCCUUCACCCACAAGACUCUGAGGUUAAUCCACGAUCACCUGGAUGAGCAGGAGUUCCCACUAACAGACAUCGCCACUAACGAGGAGAGCCGUGCAUAUCAUCUAAGCUGGGGCUCAUCCAGAUUCGACAACCCCGCCAAUUUCAGCGACUUGCCCUCUGCAGAUUAUGCGCUGUAUUUGAUAAAUGGUGUCAAGUUCCAUGUUGGCCAACUUUACCACUUAUUCGACGAGACUCGGUUCAUGGAGCUGUUUCAUGACUUCUAUAAUGCCCCGGCAGACGUCGCAAGGGUGAACAAGAUCUGGUAUGUCCAGUUUCUGGCCAUACUGGGACUUGCAAAAGCACUUAUCGUCCAGCCUAGUCGUGGAGCUACCGCUCUUCCAGGAUCAGAUCUCUUUCUCCGGGCAAUGUCCUUGCUUCCGGAUACUCCGUACUUAUUCUCUGACGCCCUGACUUCGGUUGAGAUACUGUGUACAAUAUCAUUGUACUUGCAAUGUGCGGACUUGAGAAACUCUGCCUACGUUUAUAUAGGAUCCGCAUUGCGAAUGGCAAUGACAUUCGGGCUGCAUCGCGAACGUCCGACACAAGACUGGGGCCCAGAAGUAACCGAACGAUGCCACCGAGUCUGGUGGACGGUCUAUGUCCUCGACCGUGCCUUUUCGUCUUCGAUGGGUGUCCCAAUUACCAUUCAAGAUACCGACAUCACAACUCCAAUGCCAGAAAAAGAUGGACUAAGGCGUAACAUAUCCCUUUAUCUUCACGUGAAGCUUUCGAGCCUGAUCUCCGAAGUUGUAAAUAAGGUAUACGGCGCCGAAGGUCGACUGCAGACCAGCUUUCUGCCCUGCGUUCAUAAAGUCCUUGGAAGUAUUGCCUCUAUUGCCAGUGAUCUGAAUGGGUAUUGUCCGCUCUCGUCUGAUGGCUCGGACGGGGGUAUAUCCCGGGUGGCGGCGCAUCUGCAUCUUUUUUAUCACCAGACGAUUCUCCUCACCAUGUAUCCACUCUUACUUCAUCUGUUCCGCACAAAGCUACAAAAUGGAGAGAAUAAUACUGAGCCGGCCCGAGGGCUCUCAGAUACAACGCGGGCUCUCCUAAGAACCUGUUCCGAGUCCUGCAAAAGCAUGAUUGGGAUACUCAGUGUGCUUCAGCAACAAGGACUUUUAGGAGGCGCCUUGCCCUUCGAUCUCGAAAGGACCUUUUCGUCGGGGUUUGUCUCGGUGAUGCUAUCCCUCGUAGACACAGACGAUAGGAAUCACCGGUCUCUCUACGACCGCACCUGCCAGCUUCUUGAUGAAUUCGUCAACCGGGGCUGCACACCUGGCCAGUUUCGUAAAUCGGAGAUUGUAUUGCUACAUGACAUGAUCCGGCUGUGGAUUUCUCGGUCCGCCAGUGGAAUAAGGGAUGGCAGUCGCCAGGGAAUAGAGUACGUGCGCCAGACCGAAGUUCAAGUCCAAACCCAGCCACACGGGUCAACCGAUACAGUAUUGCCACUUGACAACGAGCUUGGGGUUAUGUACGACUUGUCGCCCGGACAGAUUCUCUCUCUAGCUGAGAUGGUAGAUGCAGGAGAGGGACAGUUGCAGGGUGAUGUUGGCUGGAUAGGUGAUGACUGGCUGUGGGCGAAUGAACAUUUAUGA